GGCGAUUUGAACCAGGCGAACAAUAAUGAUGUUAACAGUGCUACCAAUUAUAAUAACUACCAACAGCAACAGCAACAGCAACAGCAACCUCAAACACAACUAUCGCAAGCACAUCCACAACAGCCGCCUCAAGCACAAUUACCACAGCAAUACGCUCAAUAUACACAAAACUACCCUACUACGAAUACGAUGAAUACAACGAAUAAUGUACCGCAAGCUGCAAGUCUAGCCAACUUGGCUUUGAAUGCCAGCAAUAAUGUUACGGGUAUGGGCUUCAAUAGACCGCAGCCUCAACCCUACGUUUUACCUCCUCCUCUUCCUCUUACACAACAACAACAACCACCUCUACCACCACAACAACAACAACAGCAACAAUCACAGCCAUAUCAACAGUCAAUGAUGCAACCACCAAGACCCCUAUCUCAGCCACUACAACAACAUCCUUCUCAACAACUCAAUUUACAAUUACCAGGUUUACAAAGGAACAUGAAUAAUAAUAAUAAUAACAAUAAUAAUAUUCCACAAAAUGAUGGUGCAAACGAUAUAGAAUUUGCAAGCACUGAAAAAAUUGAUAAGCACAUUGCAGACAUUAUACAAUCAAGCACAGUAACAGAUCAAGAGGAAGACAUUACAUUCACAGCAUUUUCGUCAGGUCGGUCCCUUUCUUUGGAGAGCUUACCUGACCAUGUGAAGCAAUUGAUGAAAGAUGCAAAAGAAAGGGCUUUCAAAGCAGGGGCUCUGAAAAAGAGAGAAUUAAAGAGAAUUCCUCAAUUAGACGGUGAAGGAACAGAAGAAGAAGAUCACAAGCCUAUAGUGAAUGAAGAUGAAAUUAACACAUCCACGACGGCAGCAACAGACGACAACCCGUCUAUAGCUAUCACUACGACUGCUUCUACCACACCAUCAGCAGCAGGAGGGACAAAAGCGGAUGAAAAAGAUGACUAUGAUCUUGGUUCCGAUUUGGACGAUACGGAUGAAGAUGAUGAUGAUGCAGAAGGAAAUGAAGAGAUUGAGCAUAUUAUUUUAUGUUUAUACGAUAAAGUCACAAGAACAAAAAAUAAGUGGAAGUGUAUAUUAAAAGAUGGUAUCAUGUUGGUGAACGGCAGAGACUAUCUAUUUCACCGUGCCAAUGGUGAUUUUGAAUGGUAGUCAGAAGAAAAUCAUAAGGAUUAUAUUUUAACCACGUCAUGAAACAAAUAAACAAAUUAUUUUUUUUUUUUUUUUUUUUUUUUUUUUUU